AUGGAUUUCCUUUUUCUGGCAGCUAUCCUUCUUUGGCUAAAUUUACCACUGGCUAACACAGGAAUUUUAGACAUCCGUUUCUCAGACUAUUUCAACGGAUAUAACGAGGAAUCGGAUUCAGUAGUAUUAUCUGAGUACCUUCAUAGUGAUUAUCAGGGGGUCUAUCAACCACUCCGAGAUUAUCAGCCUGAAUCAUCAGCUAAAAAGAGAGAAACAGUGCACGGUUCUCCUGCUGAAUGGUCCGAAUGGGGCGACGCCUCAGCGAUUCAUUCUGCUGUGCGACAAACCUCAACAAAUCUACUCAAUUUAUACCAAUCUUGGAAGAAUAUAUUUUUAUUGGAACCCCCUCUGGAUGACAAAGCCGCUACUAAAACUCAGAUAUUUGGACACAUGCCCCCUUCAUAUCUGCCCGAGGGGGAGGUAUGGCUGUCCAGAUUUUGGAGGAAACUGAUGAGCAACACAAUCCCGUUCAAGGAAGCAAAACGCCUCAUUAAUUCUGCUCAGAACAAUCGAAAUCCAGAUCACAAUAGAGUUGGUGCUUCUGUCAUGACUGAUCCAGAACACUCAAUCUUACUAGCACCGCUUCCGGAAGAAUUGAACUUCCGUAUCUUGGAUCCGGAACACAGUUCGUGUGACAUCUGCUUCGAACAAUAUACGCCACCAACCAUUGAUAACAACAAUCGGCCAAAAAUUGAACUUGUCAGCUAUAACAAACGCUGCUCACACCACUUCCAUCCUAGAUGCAUCGACGAAUGGAUAAAGACCUUCAAUAACUGGGAAUCCUCCACGUGUCCAACUUGCCGGGUCCAAUUAUAA